UUUUCAAAAGACCCGCUUUAUUAGAGUUUCAAUCACUUAUAUAUUAAACCCUCUCCUCCUCCUCUUCAGCUCUCUGUGUUUCUCUUAAAUGGAACAAAUGGCAUCCAUGCUUGAAGAGAAAUUGACGGAUGACAACUGGGAUGAAUACCUCAUUACUUCACUUUCUAGAGAUUUAGGGCAUGUCCAAAUUCUCCCUUCGAAUGUAUUACCCCGAAGCUUAUCCUCACCCCAAUGGAGCAGAGAUCUGAGGACGCAGAUUUUCACAUGGUUUGAUGAGAUGAGGAAGAAGGAAGAGUACCCUAUUGGGAGACAAACUGUCUAUUUGGCUAUGAAUUUCUAUGACAGAUAUUGCUCAACAGUAUUGAUUCCUGAAACAGUGGAUGAUGCUUUGAAGAAGAGGCUUUACACAAUUGGGAAAGUGAGCUUAGCAUUGGCUUCAAAGUUGCAGGAGGAGAAGGCAGUUCCAUUUGAAGAAUGCACAUCUGAUUCAAUGUCAGUCUAUGACAUCGAGCAAGUGGAAUUUAUUCUCUUGAAGGCGCUCAAGUUUGAAAUGAAGUCAAUUACUCCAUUCCACUACCUGGAACAUAUGGUCACCAUCUUCAGAGAUAAUUUCAAUGAAUAUCAGAUGAGGGAAGAGGAGAUAGAUAUACUACUUUCAAAUCUCAAAGAUGAAAUUGGACAAUUGGUGCUUGAUAUGAACUGUGAGGGCACUUUGUUGAAUCGCAGACCUUUUAUCAUAGCUGCUGUAGCAACUAUAAAGGUACUAGAAUCACUGAUUUCUCCAUCUAUAUCAGCACCGAAGAUCCUAUCUAUGAAGUUAUUUGAAGAUGAUAUGGAGGUAGUGGAAAAAAAUCAGAGAAAGCAGAAACUAAAAACUGAGCUUGCUUCCCUUGUCGAGGCCUAUGAAAGUAGAAAAAGAAAGAGAACUGAUCCAGAGUAGACUUCUAGCUGUUGCCUCUUUAUCAUGAACAAAAAGCAGAUGGAGUAGUUUCGGAUUUUAAAUUUUAUUUGCACGAGUACAUUUCAUGCCUCUGAGGCACUGAACAAGUUGCUUGAGGAUAAUUUCUGAACUUGCAACCUUAUUUUUGCUCAACUAUCUCACGAGGUAGAAAAGGGGAGAGGGCCAUUAGAAGGGCUGAAUGGUUGGGUAGAAACGUCAAAGGUGCAUUUUUGCCUACCUAAGUGCUCGAACAUGCAUGUUGUUGUGUGAGAGGUUACUUCGUAUGUUUUAUGCUGCUUUGUAAGGAACCUUGUAAUGUUUCAGAGAAUGCUUUUUGGUA